CAGAAAGUAGAGCUCUUAAAGAAGAUUGAAGCAAAGGUAUCUGGAUGGGUCGAAAGAUGGUAAAGAUGACGAGGAUAACGAACGAGAAAACGAGGAUAACGACUUACAAGAAGAGGAAAGCAUGUUUGUAUAAGAAAGCCAGUGAGUUCUCAACACUCUGCGGUGUGGACACUUGUGUCAUUGUGUACGGCCCGAGCAGAGCAGGGGACGAAAUGGUCAUGGAGCCCGAGUUAUGGCCAAAGGAUGGGAGCAAAGUCCGUGAAAUCUUAACCAAGUACAGAGACACUGCGUCAAGCAGCUGCACCAAGACAUACACCGUGCAAGAAUGCUUGGAGAAAAACAACACUAAGGUGGAGAAACCGACGAUUGCGACAAAGUAUCCUACAUGGGACAAAAAGCUCGACCAGUGUUCUUUAAAUGACCUCUAUGCGGUUUUCAUGGCAGUAGAAAACAAGAUCCAAGAGGCUACGAAUAGGAAUCAGACAUUUCCUGACACUAGUUGUUGGUCUAAUGACCAACUUGGUUUAUGCGGUUACAAUCGGCAAUGUUUUGAGCAGUAUCAGUUGUUUCCUCUGCCUACUAUGGAUUACAACGGGCUCUCUUUCUUCCCUUUUAAUAACCAGAUGACCUCAAAUACUGCGGAAGUGUCUUCCUUCUCGAAUGUGACAGAGCCGAUGAUAGCGAACGGGCAAAGCUUGUUUUACGGGAGUUGUUCGGAUGGUCCAUAUGGUCCGAUGGUACAGAGGACAGCUUAUAUGGAGCCAAUACAUUGGGGUUUAGGAAACAGUAUGUUCAACAAUGUGAAGCAGUUCCAAGAUUAUCCCUUCAGGUUUGCACAAGUUAAUGAUUUGGAGGAUUCAAGUAAACUUUCUAUGUGAGAAAUGUCAUUUGUUUCUUCCGUUUGAAUGUUGCUUUAUAAACUUCUUUUUAUCAAGUUUCUAUUAAGUUUGUUGAUUUUUUU